GCUGCCGGGAUUGGGGCGGCGGUCGCGGGUCGGGAUCGAUCCCGAUCGGUUCCGAUCGGUUCCGAUCGAUCCCGAUCGAUCCCGAUCGAUCCCCGGGGCUCCCCCGCCGCGAUGUUCUUCACCUGCGGCCCCAACGAGGCCAUGGUGGUGUCGGGUUUCUGCCGCAGCCCCCCGGUGAUGGUGGCGGGGGGCCGGGUUUUGGUGAUCCCGUGCCUGCAGCAGAUCCAGAGGAUCUCCCUGAACACGCUGACGCUGCCGGUGCGCAGCGAGAAGGUUUACACCCGCCACGGGGUGCCCAUCUCCGUCACCGGCAUCGCCCAGGUGAAGAUCCAGGGGCAGAACAAGGAGAUGCUGGCGGCCGCCUGCCAGAUGUUCCUGGGCAAGUCGGAGAGCGAGAUCGGCCAGAUCGCCCUGGAGACGCUGGAGGGCCACCAGCGCGCCAUCAUGGCCCACAUGACCGUGGAGGAGAUCUACAAGGACCGUCAGAAGUUCUCGGAGCAGGUUUUCCGCGUGGCCUCCUCCGACCUGGUGAACAUGGGAAUAUCCGUGGUCAGCUACACCCUCAAGGACGUGCACGACGAGCAGGAUUACCUGCGCUCCCUCGGCAAGGGCCGCACGGCGCAGGUGCAGCGCGACGCCCGCGUGGGAGAGGCUGAGGCCAAACGCGACGCCGGGAUCCGCGAGGCGCGGGCGCGGCAGGAGCAGGUGUCGGCGCAGCUGCUGAGCGAGGAGGCGACGGCGCGAGCCCAGCGCGAUUUCCAGCUGGCCCAGGCCGAGUGCGACGGCGCCGUCAGCGCCCGCCGGGCCACGGCCGAGCUGGCGUUCCAGCUGCAGUCGGCGCGCUCCCAGCAGGCCAUCGCGGCGCAGCGGGGCCAGGUUGCGCUGGUGGAGCGGGCGCAGCGGGCGCAGCUGCAGGAGCAGGAGGUCGGCCGGCGCCGCCAGGAGCUCGAGGCCACCGUGCGCAAACCGGCCGAGGCCGAGCGCUACCGGCUGGAGCGGCUGGCCGAGGCGCAAAGGACUCAGGUGCUGCUGCAGGCGGAGGCCGAGGCCGAGACCCUCAGGGUGACCGGAGCCGCCCGCGCGGCCGCGCUCAGCUCCCGUUCCCGCGCUGAGGCCGUGACCGGAGCCGCCCGCGCGGCCGCGCUCAGCUCCCGUUCCCGCGCCGAGGCCGCGGCGGCCGCAGCCAAGGCCGAGGCGUUCGGGCAGUUCCAGGACGCGGCUGUGGUGGAUCUGGUGCUGCAGAGACUGCCCCAG